ACUAUUAUUAUUGUCUGCAUUUUAGAAAUGUCAAAGAUGUUAAAAAGAAAGCGAGACGAUCUCUGUGUCAUUUCCCCGGCGAAUUGACGGCGAUUUCGUCUUAUUCUUCCUCUUUCGCCGUCAUCUCUUUGGGAAAAUAAGCACAGACUAUAUAAUUUCACUGUAAUUCAGAGUUUAAGCAGACGACAUGGAUGUUGAGAACUCUGUCAAAGAGAAGCAGAGGAACUCCGAUAGGAUAAGCAAUUUACCUGAUUCUUUGUUAUGUCAGAUUCUCUCAGAUCUCUCCACAAAAGAAUCGGUUUGCACAAGCGUUUUAUCAAAACGAUGGAGAAGUCUCUGGUUACAUGUUCCUGCACUGGAUUUGGAUUCCAAUAACUUCCCAGAUGAUGAUGUUUUUGUGAGUUUCGUAAACAGGUUUCUGGUUUCUGAAAAUGAGCAACACUUGGAGAGAUUCAAGUUGAUCUAUGAGGUUAAUGAGCAUGAUGCUUCUCGGUUCAAGUCUUGGAUCAAUGCUGUGAUUAAGCGUAGAGUUUGUCAUUUUAAUGUUCAUAAUGAGGUGGAUGAUGAUGAUGAUGAUGAUGAGUUAUUUAAGAUGCCUUUAUCUCUCUAUUCUUGUGAAAGCUUGGUGAACUUACAGCUCUACCGCGUAGUCUUGGAUCAUCCGGAAUCUGUUUCCCUGCCCUGUGUCAAGAUUAUGCAUCUUGAUAUGGUCAAGUACGAUGCUGAUUCGACUCUAGAGAGGCUAAUAUCAGGUUGUUCUGUUCUGGAAGAGUUAACCAUAGUUCGUGAUCCCAAUGAUUCUCUACAAGUUGUGUGUGUGCGUUCCAAGUCUCUAAAAAGCUUCAAGAUAGAGUGUGAGCGCUACGAAAGUGAAAAUCAUGUUGUUGAAAUCGAUGCUCCAAGACUCGAGUAUAUGAAUCUUUGUGAUCAUCGAUCUGACAGCUUCAUAAUACACAAUAUUGGCCCCUUUGCAAAGGUAGAUAUUGAUGUUAUCUUUAAUGUGGAAUAUAAUGAUCCAUUGGAACCAGAUGAUUCUUCCAAGAUAGCUAUGCUAGGUAAAUUCCUCACUGGGUUAUCUACGGUCAGCGAAAUGGUCAUAUCUUCUGAUACUCUACAGGUUAUUCAUGAUUACUGCAAAAUGGAACAACUACCUCAAUUCUCUAACUUAUCUCGCUUGCAUGCUUACUUCGAAGAUUCUUGGUGGGAAAUGUUGCCAACCUUCCUUGAGAGCUUCCCAAAUCUACACUCACUCGUCAUGGAAUUUGAUUGCUUUCCAGAUAAAGAGCAGAUUGAUCUUUCAUCUGUACCACGAUGUUUCAUAUCAUCUCUUGAGUUUGUUCACCUAAAGACACCGUUUGUUGUAAACAUGCAAAAGGAAGGGAGACCACUCACAGGAACAUCAAGUAAGAUGAAAUUAGCAAAGUACUUUCUAGAGAAUGGUGCAGCUCUCAAGAAACUGACAGUAAGUGCAAGUUUCUGUAACAUUAUCAACGAAAUCAAAUCGAUUCCAAGAAGCUCUACGAGGUGUCAAGUUGUCAUGGAUUAAUUGAGCCAGCUUACAAGGUCGUCUCUGAUACAUCCAGCUUUGUAUCCGAUGAUCGACAGAGAAUCAAGGCUUGUUUUUCCAGCCAUUAGUUUACAGGUUGAUGGUUUAGUGAACUCUUUUCUCACAGACCAGGUUUCUACGUACUAUAUAUAACACUCUCUCUUGGAGUUGUAAAACAAUGAUAAAACCAGAUGGGCUUUAUUAGAUAAAAUUACCUUAUUUUUAUUGGGAUAA